UCAUUUGUGUUGGUUGAAUGUGACUCGUCCACUACGAUUUCCUUUUUAUAUUAGUUGUCUUUUUUCUCUACAUUUUCUCAUCUCAUCCUCUCUUCAUCUUAAUCUGGCGGAAUCUUUAUUAGUUUUGAGCUAAAUCAACUUUAGACAGAUAAGACUGGUGGCUGAGUCGUCUCUGUCUCUCUCUCUCUCUCUGUCUUGGAGAUUACAGGUUCUGAAAUUUUAUUCAAAAUUUGAUGAUAUAACCAUUGACGAUUUAAUCUCGAUAACAUUCUCGUCAUGGGGUCCGAAGGGGUGCCUCCAGCAAUAACAAUCCAUGUGACGGGGUUUAAGAAGUUCCAUGGAGUUUCUGAGAAUCCAACUGAAAUCAUUGUCUGCAACCUUAAAGAGUACUUGAAUAAGAAGGGUUUGCCAAAAGGUCUGAUUCUUGGAAGUUGCAGCAUCCUUGAAACUGCUGGCCAGGGAGCCCUUGUUCCCUUGUAUCAGACAUUGCAAUCUGCUAUAAGUUCGAAAGAAUCAGAAUCUUCGAAUCCCGGAAGAGUUAUUUGGGUGCACUUUGGAGUUAAUAGUGGUGCAACAAGAUUUGCUAUUGAGCAUCAAGCUGUUAAUGAAGCUACUUUCCGUUGUCCUGAUGAGAUGGGAUGGAAACCUCAGAAAGUACCAAUUAUUCCUGCGGAUGGUGGAAUUUCACGAAUACGAGAGACUUCUCUUCCUGUUGAGGAUAUCACUAAGGCGUUGGCAAAGCAGGGUUAUGCGGUGAUGACCUCAGAUGAUGCUGGUCGUUUUGUAUGCAACUAUGUUUACUACCAUUCCCUUCGCUUCGCAGAGCAGAAUGGAACCAAAUCACUAUUUGUACAUGUACCUCUCUUCAUGACCAUAAAUGAAGAAACCCAAAUGGGAUUUGUUGCUUCCUUGCUGGAGGUGCUUGCUUCUUUACAGUAGCUAUCUAAACGUCGUCUGCUGACAUAUCAUGUCCAGGAGCUUAAUUGCUGCUUCUGCUGUUGUUGACCAUGUUUGAGUUGGCGGGUGAGUUCUUGCAAUUGCAGUGCUUUAAGAAACAGACAAGUGUAUGCCAAUGGAAAAUUGUAUUUUGUGGACCAUUCUUUUUUAUAUAUUUUGAUGUUUCAGAAGAGGUUUCAACCACUUCUUGAAGGGCCU